AUGUCAGAGUUCCAAAAGGAGAGUCUGUCGCUCGAGGAGACAAACAAGGUCCGUAUCUCCCUCGGUCUCAAGCCCCUCGUUGACGACUCAGCAUCCGCCAAAAAGGACAAAGAUGGCGGCGCUGAAGAGGCUCCCAAGGAUAAAGACCAGAUAGCAGAGGAAAACUAUAAGAAGCGAAGAGAGCAAGAGGCAAAGGCAAAGGAAGAUGAAGAAAUCCGUCAACGAAUAGCAAAGGCGCAGAACAAGCGUCAAUUGAGGCGGCAGCUACGUGGCCCCACACUGGGAGAUGAAGAUCCUUCCACUUCAUCGGCGCCAGGGCCUAGCGACUCGAAGAGUACCGUCAAAUGGCUCAGACAGGCUCAAAAGAAGGCAAAGGAGCAUGCAGAGAGGAGGGCAAAGGAGCUCGAGGAGCAAGAGGCGGCAGCUACGUACGGCGAGGCCGACUUAGCGGGGCUGCGCGUCGCCCACGAUAUGGAUGACUUCGAUCUGCAGGAGGGCGACGAAGGUCGGAUCCUCACUUUGAGAGAUAGCCGCAUUCUCGACGGCGACGAGGAUGAGCUCAUGGAUUCCGCCCUCGAGCAAAAGGAGCUCGACCGGCGAAACGAGCUGCGUAAGAAGGGCCCAAAGCAGUACACCGGCAUAGACGAUGAGGACGAGAUGACGUCGGCUGCACUGGGAAAGAAGCAGGGCGUGCUCAGCAAGUACGACGCAGAUAUUCCCGAGGGGCAGAGGAGAGAUCGAGCGAUCAUCGGAGACUCGGAUGGAGGCUUCAGGCUGGGGGGUUCGACUGAGACGAAUGCUGAGCGGAAGGCGAAGAAACAGAGGGAGCUUGAGGAAGAGGCGAGAAAGGCAAAUCGCUCUCUACUGAGCCUCGACUACAGCAAGAACCAGGAAGUAUCAGACUACCUAGCCCCGGGCGAUGUAGGCUUCAAAAAGAGCAAGGGGAAGAAGAAGAAGCGUCCCGCCGCAUCCAAGAUCAAGCUUGAUGACGACGAGGAAGACGCUCAGCAGCAGAGCGCUUCGGCCGAUGUGGAGAUGGAGCCCAUUGUUCACGCCCGCCGCCAAGCAGAGAAGCGCGACAACCUCGUAGACGACGACGAGCUGGCCGCUUCCCUCGCGAAAGCCAGGCGGGCGAAAGCCAAGAAAGCCAUCAGCAAGAUGACGCCUGAAGAGAUUGCCAAGAACCUUGCUGCACAGAAGGCUGCUGAGGAGGCUGCAGAAAGAAAAGGUGGGGUAGAUGCAACCGGGGACUUCAAUAUGGCGGUAACGGGCAGUCAUGGCGAGGCAGCGCCCGCAGAUGCGCCUGGCAUGACCUUUGAUGAGACGUCGGAGUUCAUCCGCAAUAUCGGCAACAGACCGGCAAGCCCCGAGCAGCGACGAUCAAGAUCGAGAGGAGUCAGCGUGAAACGUGAGCCUAGUGAGCCUGCGCCGGCUCAAGGUGUCGAUGCCGACAGCCUGCUGUCAACGACCGCAGUGCCUGCUAUUAAGAGAGAGCCAGGAGAAGACGAUGACGAACUCAUGGAAGGCGCCGAAGACCUCGAUGGGGAAGGCCACUCUGCGACCUCCCCCACCCCUCGCGACGCAACCUCUGGCUCCCCCGACCCUGGGCUCGGCACAGCCGCCGAGCGACUCGUCUCGAACGGUCUGGCCGGCACGCUCGGCAUGCUUCGCUCACAAGGUAUCCUCGAAUCGAUGACUCCAGAACAGCGUCGCCGUGAAGCAGAACAGCGCUCCUACGAUGCCUGGAAGGCGAAGCGCCAAGCCGAGGAAGCCUUGAGGGAGCACGAGCGCCACAUGUCGAAAUUGCAGGGCAGUGCGAAGGAUCAAGCUACGCGAGAGUACGAGAACAAGAUGCGCGAGCUUGAAGAGGCCAAGCGGGCUGAGGAGCGAUUCAAGGAUUACAAGCCGGACAUCGACAUCAAGUACCACGAUGAGCAUGGUCGCGUUCUCAACAACCACGAGGCGUGGAAGUUGCUCUCGCACACCUUCCACGGUAAGAUGCCAGGUCGCGCCAAGCAAGAAAAGGCGAAGCAGCGCAUCGAGGAGGAGAGGAAGAAGGAACGUAUGGCAGCAGGGGAGGCUCAGGAUAUGAGUAAGGCGUUCAGGGACCGACAGGCGAGGGAGGGUCAAGCGCACAUGGUACUCAGUGUGGGAGCGAGGGGCAACGCGCCGCAGGAGUUUGCCGACUCUAUUGGGCCGAAUCUGGUGCAACAGAGGGCGAAUAAGCGGGCCCAGCAGAGUGGCGGCGCAUCGGGGUCUGCGGCUGGGCCCAGUGGGUUCAGGCCAGGAGAGUCAUCAAAGGGAAUGGCGAGUGUCGUGCCUAGACAAGUGGGCGGCGCGACCAGCAGUCUUCGCGCUACCCCAUCCGAAGCUGGUAUGCGCUCCUUGCGGCCGCCAGGUUUCAACGUCAUCGAGGGCGAUGGCGCUGGAGCGAGUGGCAGUCAGUCGCCUUCUGGCUCUGCCGCUCCCCCAGGCUUCAGAUCAGCAGCCGGCCUUACCUCUGGCUCUUCUUCCUUCUCACCCGUACCACCGCCUGUGCAGACGACCUCCUCUUCCGCAACGAAAAGCGGCUUCCAGCCAGUUGACGCAGCUCCCGCUGCCCCUUCCAGCAGCGCCAACGGCGGCGGUGCUUCUACUACCAACGGGAUCGGAGGCGGCUUCAAGCUCUCUUUGGGGACGAAGCGUAAGGCGGACGAGCAGGGUGGGAGGCAGUAG